UUCCAAAGGAUUGCAGUGAUCUUCCGACAGGGAGCACCAGUGGUAUUUAUGUCAUCAGUACCAAUAUAACAGUAUAUUGCUAUAUGGUUGCUGGCUCAGAGGGAUGGACAGUAAUACAGCAUCGCUUUAAUGGGAAGCAAACAUUCGAAAAGAACUGGCAUGAAUACAAAACUGGCUUUGGAAAUGUUUCCGGUGAAUUUUGGUUAGGAAAUGAUUAUCUGCAUACCAUUUUGUCACAACGAAACUAUAAAAUGAGAGUUGAUUUGGAAUAUAAUGAUGGAAAUAAUGCACAAGCGGUAUACUCAAGUUUCAACGUUGGCAACGAGUCCAGUGGCUACAAACUGUCAAUAUCCGGGUAUUCUGGAACAGCAGGUGAUGGUAUGACUGACAUCUCUCACACCAGUCUGAAUGGAAUGAAUUUUUCGACUGCAGAUAAUAAUCAGGACAUGAGUGACGUACACGACUGUGCUGAUUUCAAGAGGAGUGGGUGGUGGCACAGAGACUGUACAAAGGGCAACGUCAAUGGCUUAUACCGCCCAGGAGAACAAGGAAAUGACGUAAUGCAUUGGCGUACACUGAAUGACACAUAUUCUUUAAGUAUGACAAGAAUAAUGAUUAAACCAGCAUACGUUUGAAAAUAGAUUUCAAUUAGAUCAAAAUAUGGACAGGUUGAAUUGUGCGAUU